GUCAUGAAGAACAUCACUAUUGGGCAAGUCAAGCCAAAGGAGGAGGUAGAAGAGCAACAAGCCUCAUCCAAUCAAGUUGAAGUCACUUCCAAGGAUGACUCAAAGGAUGAAGACAAGUCUACAUCAUCACAUCACCAUGAUGAGUCAUCCGAUGAAGAAGAUGAUGCCUCACCUCCUUUCCAUGAUGCCCAAGAUGAACAAGUGGUUGAAGAACAACUUCCAUUUGAUGACACGCACAUCACAAGUGAACAAGCCCAAGCCCAAGAUCAAGAUGACGAAUCACUAGAAGAAUCAACGUCUCAAGCACAAGAGAGGCUUACAAGAACUUCAAGAAAUCAUCCCAUUGACUUGGUCAUGGGUAACCCCUCUAGUGGAAUGAAGCUCUUGAGGACCCGGAUUGGGUGAUAGCCAUGUAAGAAUAACUCAACAACUUCA